GCAUAGUUUUACGGGGUGUCGAAUAAAUUAGGCCUUUCCUCUUCCCCCCAUAUUCACCCUCACUGGUGUUCAGUCGGGUUUUGAGACUUGGCUCGAGGGUUUAUUUGCGAGGUUUCAUUCGCUUCGCUCCAAGAUAAUCGCCAAUUUUCUUUCCCAAAUGAGUCGCCAUCCGGAAGUUCUUUGGGCUCAGCGCUCUGACAAAGUUUACCUGACCAUUGCUCUUCCUGAUGCGAAAGAUAUUUCUGUGAAAUGUGAGCCUAAGGGGUUAUUUAGUUUCUCCGCGAAGGGUGUCCAAGGGGAAUCAUUUGACUUCAGUCUGGAACUUUAUGGAAAUAUAGCAGCAGAGGGCUGCAAAUCUAAAGCUGGGUUAAGGAACAUACUUUGCUCAAUCCAGAAGGAGCAGAAGGGUUGGUGGAAAAGACUAUUGAAGACAGAAGAAAAGCCUGCACCCUAUAUCAAGGUUGAUUGGAACAAAUGGUGUGAUGAGGAUGAUGAAGAGUCUACUGGUUCUGAUCUAGCCUCUGAUGACGACGUUCCGCACACUGGUGAAGAUGAUGGCAGUAGUGAUGAGGAAGGAAUGCUCUGUGAGUUUCAUAAUCGGUUCUUUUCAUUAAAAUUGUCAUAUCCAAUUGGCUUCUGGAUAGACAUGUCCUGUUUUCACAUCAUUCACACCAACAAGCACACAUGGUAUUGCAGUGUUCUGCCAAAGGUUUCUUCUUUGCCAAUCAACACCAUCUAAAAAUCCAGAGAGUUGUCCUUUGCUGUAAAAAAAUCUUCCUUUUUUUAGUUAUGAUUUUUUGUGUGAAUCAUUGAAUUUAUUUUCAUUUGUUACAAAUGUUUUCUUGGAGCGCCAUUGAAUGGGUUAAUAAAUUGUGUUACUAACAUACUCGGAUGUAAUGAUUUU